AUGUUGUCAGUGCCAUUGAUGCAAUGCAAUGCUUCCUUGCGUGAUUACCUAGACGUGCUGUUCUGUGCUGCCGCUAUCUACGAUAUAGCAUUUAUCUGUCCGUUGGUCGUUCUCGCAUCUUGUUCGCCAGGCCUCUGCUGUCUGGCAGCUGGCCAAUUAGCCUCUCCCUGCACCACCUCGCCCGAAGGAGCGCACCUCCACUAUUGGCAGGAGCCGCCAGCGGCGCAACAGGCAGGACCGAUCUUCAGCACAGCCCCUCUGGCGGGACCUCUGGCCAGCUACGAGUAUUGGAAAACGAAGAGGAAAAACCAGCAUCAAACAAGACAACCGUGGCCUCGAAAGUUUGAAUUGGCGCAGCCGCCGCAGAUUGACAAAAGACCCGGCCUGCUGCGACGUAGCACCCCGAAGAAACCGCCGGGCCAGCCAUACACAGGAGACACAGCCCUGUCCCGUUCCGGCAUCGAUCCCAAACUCUCUUCCCCUCUUCCCCCCUCAUCCUUCCAGGCCACAGACUUGUUGUCGUUCGCCCACCUCCAGAAACCGCUGCCACAACCGCAGCAAGAAUUGCCCCAGCGCUUACAUCAAGCCCAACCUCAACAGCAACAAUUCCGGGCCGCUUCUUUUGUGCCAGGUGGAAACAACCCCGAUAAGACUGUUCCUCCUCGAAGCUCGGCUGCCGCAUCUUCGUCACCGGCCUUUGACCCUGUGCAGUCGAACUCAGUUUUGCCGACAAAGUCUACGAACCACGAGUACUUGGAGCAAGUGUCGCGCUCGCAGUCGCAGCGCUAUCCCCCACAAGCAUCGCCUUCCCACGCACACCUGCAUUACACCUCGGCUUCCGUCGGAGCCAUCUCCGCAGACGACCUCAGAAACACGCUACAGGGUGUCUCGGCACCCAUCGGCCAGACCCCAUCGAACCUGUUACAGGACCAGUAUCUCCAGCAGCAGCCGCAGCAGCAACAAAAGGGCCCGUCGGCAUCGCCUGAACCCCGCCGGACUACCCGCAAGCUUUUUAAGAGUUUUCUUGGCGGUGGCAGUUCGAGCCGUGGAUCCGAUUCCCGUUCACACGGAGGCUCUCAACAGCAGCAGCAGCAACAGCAACAGCAACAGCAGUCCGCCCUCGGCCCACCUCCUACAUCUCAGCACCAUAACUUUGGCGGGCUUGUACGCCGCCCCUCCAAGCGGCUCUCCAGCCAGCGGCAGCCGUCCCCUCCUCUCCGCACCGGCCCUUCGCAGGUAUCCAUCUUAGACCCGCCGCUAGACGAGUGGUCUGUCCAACAGCAGCAGCAGCAGCAGCAAUAUAGCGCAGGAGGACCUAGUGUUGCCAACAGUCAGCCGUCUCCUCUCCAGGGAGUAGGAGAGUUCGUAGCCGGUCCUCCUUCCAUACGCCGCGUCGGCACUGGGGAUCUCGAGCAACGAGAUACCCAGCUGUACAACCCGGACGAUAUUGGCCAACUCGACCACCGUCGUGUUCCGCAAGGGGCCUACACCCCGAACCAAAAGUCGCAGCAAGGCGGUCUGUCGGACGGCACAGUCUAUGGUCAAGGCCAACUGGAGCAGCAGCAACAACAGCAGCAAUACCCCGCUCUUCAGUUCCAGGAACAGACCAGUAAUAGUCCCCACCACCCUUUCGGUGGGCUGCCCAAUGCUUCUAAUUUCCAGCAGCCCCAAUACAUUCAGCAGCAAAACGCCGAGACUAUCUCACAGCUGUCGCACGAGUCUCCGAUUCCAGACGGUGAACAGGUCCCUUCUUCUGCAGCAGUAAGUUGUUCACCGCAACGACAGCACAGCCCACAGGAUCUAGCGCCAACCCCGCCUCCACUGGCACCGCCUCAGCCGCACUCUGCACAACAAUCGGCGUCGCCAUUGGCUCAACAGCGUCAACAGACUCAGGCGCCAUCUCCGGGAUCGACUCAACAGCAGCAGCAAAAGCAACAAAACAUGACACCACCAUCGGGAGGACCACCGCCUAGCCGCCGAUCGCAGGAAGCUGGCGACAGAGGCGGUAAUGCUCGUGGGAUGCCAUCUUCCGACACGGCUCCAUUGCCGUCAGGCCCACCGCCAUCUUAUCGGCACAGCCAGAUAGGAAGUAUCACUCCUGGAACACUGAGUCCUCUCCCCCCACCUCCACCGGGCGCACCUGGUGCCGGCAGCCAGAGUGCCGAUCACCGGCCAGGUACGGGGUCUAGCCAGCGACAGUACGAUGCUACUGGGGGCGAAGGUCGCGGCACAUCGAACCCCCCAUCCGGCGAACGCGACUCUGCGGCAUCGGAGACCGACAAGGCGCUCAAAGAACUGGCACUCAAAUACAAGAAUGUCAAGCGGCUCUACUUUGAGGGCAAGAGCCAGAUCGAGCAGCUGAGCAGCCAGAUCGAACAGCUGCAAAAUGCUCUUGCCAACCAGCGCAUGUCCCAGUCGCGUACAGCCCUAGAUGAUAACGGAUACAUUGCCCGGUUCGGCCGUCUCAACGGUGCGAUCAACAACCUCUCGUUCAACAUCCGCAAAGACUGGGUGUCGCUGCCGAGCUGGAUUGAGCCGUAUGCGAGCGCGGAUGCGUUGAAGACAGGCAAGCAGGAGAUGACGGCCAUCGGGCGAGCGGUGAUUUCUCGCUGGCUGGUGGAGGCGGUGUUCAACUGCUGCUUUCACCCCAAUCUGGAGGUCGAGCUGAGUCACCAUCUGAAAACGAUGGAGCUGAACAUCCGCCGGUCAGCAUACAAGACCAGCAGCCAGGAAGAGUUCGGAGCACACGUGGAGAAGGUUAUAAACUGGCGGAUGGUCACGCUGGAGGGUCUGCAGUCGAUGCUGCAGGGCCACGAACUCAACCAGAACGGCGAGCUGUUUGUGCACAACGCCACGGAAGCGCUGACGGAUUACGUGUGCAAGUAUCUGAACGACCCGCCGCCAGCCGGGGUGAAGGGCAGCGCCAGCACGAUAGUUGACCUGGCGGUGGGGCUUGCGUCGAACAUUCCGAUGGAGAGCCGCGACGUGGCUAUAUCAUACCCGAUGCCUCUAGACAACAUCAUCCCCCAUCUGAUGGAUGUCGAGAAGGGGGGCCUUCCGCCACUCGACACACGACCGGCUGAUGAUGGCGGGGAUCCUGACGACAAUGCCAGUGGUGACGACGAGGGCGGGGGGGCGGGCAAGAAUACCCACGUAUUGGGCGACUUCCCCAAGAUUCGGUUUGCCGGCUUUGUGGCGGUGGAAGUUCGCGGACGACAGGUAUUGUCGAAAGCGCCGGUAUGGACAAUGUGA